AUGGCGGAUGAUACGGACGACAGUGGCGGCGUGAUUCUGGAGGGCCCUUUCGAUCCAGACGCGCAAGCCACCGUCACCGACUUCAUCGACUACACCGAAUACCUGCCCGCGGACCUGAUCCGUUCCCUGACCCUCAUCCGGGGCCUCGAUGAAACCUAUCUCGAAGCGACACAGAAGGUCCAUGAGCUCACCAAGACCUAUGGGCAACUCCCUGACCUCCCACCCGAAUCUCGACCCAACCCGCAGGACCUGCGCGAGCAGAUUUCCAUACAACUAGAUCGCGCCCUUAAUGCGCGAGAGGCGUCGUAUGCAGAGGCCUGUCGUCUCUACGAUGUCGUCGACCGCCACUUUGACCGCCUGGGCUGCAUCAAGAGGAAACUCGAAUCACUACCCAAACCUCCAUCUCGCGAGCCGACACCUGCCCCUGCGCCGGCGUCCCCCGAAAAUAAGCGUUCGCGGAGUGGUAGAAAAACCGAGGAAGGCCCAACGCGCAUCACAUUGCGCGUUGACGGUCAGAGACCUUCAGGAGGUGCCGUCCCGAAAUCGAGGAGUCGGCGGUCUGUGAUCGCUGGCUUCGAUCCGGACUCCCCAAUAGCCAGUACCGAGCAGUCGGACAACAACGAUGGCGAGCAAAAGGAACAGUCGCGUGACGCUGUCAAGGCGGAAAAAAGUCCGGAGGUGUCAGCGCCCAAGAAAGAGAAACAGCAGAAGCGUACUCGUCGUGGGGGUACAAACGGACGCAGUUCGGUGGCUGGGAUUUCCACCAGCAAUGCCCUGGCCAUGCUUAAGCCGCCCCCUCCAGAUGCAAAGAUCGGCAGCGAGGACCUGCCGUGGCUGCGCCUCACUGAGUGGGAGAUGACGAAGCUGCGCAAGAAGAUGAAAAAGAAUGCGGUCUGGCAGCCCAGCGAGAUCAUGAUCAACCGCGAAUUAGCAAGGAGCGGCCGUGGAUGGGAAGGAUACAGAGCUGCAAAAGCACGGGCAGAGGCUACUGGCGAGGAGUUGAUCGACUGUGACGACAUCAUGAAUAACUACAUACCAGGGAAGCUGACUCGGAAAAGCGAUGUCGCCAACGCGGAUGCGGUACCAGCGGAGGAGACGAAGACCACCAACCGCGGCAUGAAGCUGAACGAGGCGAAAAAGCUCAAGCGGGAGACACUGGCGCGAGAGCAGGCUGCACUGGCAGCGGCGGAAGCGGAAAUGGCGGCCAAGCGGCUUGGGGAUAUCGGUUCUACGUUCAAGAGCUUGUUUUCGAGCCCGAUGAAUGGCGUUUCCGGCCUUCUUCCGUCUUCGUCACAACCAAAUGGAGCUGCGACUGCGACCAAGGAAGCAGCCAAAGAAGCGACCAAGGAAAAGGAGAAAUCAAAAACUCCGAAGAAGAGGAAGCAGGAAGAUGUCCCGGAAGCUCCACCUUCAAACCAGCCGGACGCUAAUGCUGCGGGCGCUUCCAAACCUGCGUCCAAGAGGCGCAAAACGAAUAAAACGACUGCGGUGGAAGCGACGCCGAGCUCAGAAGCACCAUCAGCGAGUUCGACCACCGCAGCAGUAGCAGCAGCUACGACUGCGGCUCCGUCGGCUGACACUAAGGACUCGGUGCCAUCGAGUCCGCCAACAGGAGGCAAGUCGACUCGACAAUCAAACCCGCCUAUUUCUGGACCGGCGGCAGCAGUGGCUGCUCGCAAGGCAUCCAAGACCCCUACUCCUCCGUCUACUCGACCUCCAUCAAGGCGUCGUUCUGCGGCUGCCUCUGUUGAGCCUGCGGCCACCAGCACCGGUGUGUCUCGAGAGCAUCUCCGUCGGAAAAGCACAACGCCGGCUGCAAGGACACCUGCGCCGGAACCCUCACGCGCGUCGAGUACGGCUCCAAGCCGUCGAAGGAAACGUCCGGCUCCUGGGCCGGUGUCAUCCAGCCAGGACGGCGGUGCAGCCGUCAGCUACGGAAGACGCAAGGCGAAGCCGACGAAGAAACGGGCUCAGGGGAAGGAAAGCACAGCGCCGAAGGGCGAGGAUUAUCGGAUUGACGAGGACGGGGUACUGGAGGAGAUUGACCCGAACGAGCCGCGCUACUGUUUGUGCGGGGACGUUAGUUUUGGAACGAUGAUAUGCUGCGAGAAUGCUGAUUGUGACAAGGAGUGGUUCCAUUUGGAGUGCGUGGGGCUGUCUGACGUCCCAAGCCGGACAGCCAAAUGGUACUGUCCGGACUGCCGGGUCAAAUUCAACAAAGGGCCUGAUGGGAUAGUGAAGCUAACAUCUGGUGGCCCUGAGGGCUUACAUGCAUGCGCAACUUGGAUGAAGCUGUUCUACUAUCAGUGUCCACAAUCCGUUCCUUUGACACUUCCAGGAUCUUUGCGUGUCUGGCAUUAG